AUGUUGAAUUCAUUGAAGAAGGAGAGCCUCAAUACUAUCCCCCUCAUCCUUGAUGAAUAUCUUAAGCAAGUAUCCCUUAGUGGCCAAACCAGCAUGGUUGCUGAAGAUUUCAUCAGAACCCAUGCAUCAGAUGACCUCUCCUUCACUAGUCCAUCUCAACCAAGUGCUACUGAUCUUCGUAAUAGAAUAUUCAAGACCAUCAGACGUUUUGAAGGUAAAAUACAUCGUCAAGACCCAUUGCUAUCUUUAAGUAUUUCUGAUGUGGAAGAUGACGAGGAUGGUUUAUUAAUAGGUAGUUUGGCAAAUGUAAGCGGGCGAGCUAAUCAUUUUCGCGAUGGCUCACUUACACCACCUACUUCAUCGUCACCUAGCAUUGGUAGUGGCGCUGCUGCUGGUAAUACUUCUCCAGGCUCGGAGGAAGAUGAUGAAGAGGAGGAAGAUGAGCUGGAGGAUUUUUUUGUACGAGAUGACAAAGAUUCUGCUUCUAAACUAUCCAACAAACGCAAACAUAGCAAUUCUGAUAGUCCGUCCUUCGACGACUGUGCUCAUGACAAUCAAAUUGGCCCUCUUAUUGGUUCAAUAAUGAAGAAUAGCUUAACUAGAGAUUCUCUUGAAUUGUGUGAGACGCGCGAAUCAGGCAUCGAUGAUGGUAUACCCGGCAUUUCGGUCUCUGAUACUCCGGAUUUUCAG